AUGAAGGCGCUGGCCCGGAGCUACGUAUGGUGGCCCUGCCUUGACGCUGACAUCGAGGCCUGGGUCGGCAGAUGUGACCCGUGCCAGGUGUCCUGCCCAGCUCCCCCCUCCUCCUCCUCUCUGGAGUGGGAGAUGCCACGCGGGCCCUGGUCCUGCCUUCACCUUGACUUCGCAGGUCCCUUCCACGGCCAGGUUUUCCUGGUCGCUGUGGAUGCCUACUCGCGCUGGGUGGAGCUAGUCCUCAUGCGCUCCACCACAGCGGAGAGUACGGUGCGGGCUCUGCGACGUUUGUUCGCUACCCAUGGGUUGCCGGACACAGUGGUGUCUGACAAUGGCCCGCAAUUCACCUCCACAGUCUUCCAGUCCUACCUGGCCGCCCAAGGAAUCCGCCAUGUCCCAGUCGCCCCUUACCAUCUGGCCAGCAAUGGCCGGGCGGAGAGGGUGAUCCGAUCGGCCAAGGAGGCUUUGGGCCGCAUGGACCGUGGACCUCCAGCCAUAGCUUCACCUGCAUUAUUUGUCUCUCAGAAAGAGACGGCUGCUUGUGAGAUUGUGUUGUGUGGUUCAGCAAGAGUGGCCUGUCCUUCUUCCUUACCCUGA